CCCGAGUCAUCAGAGACUAUGCCGGCAUGGCAAGAAAGGAUAGUCAUGGAUGUCUUCUUGUAUUUCAGUAUAGCUUCAAGGAUAUAGUACUUUGCAAAACAUAUCAAGCUUGUAUAUGGCAAGACGUUUCCAUGCGCAGAACUGUGACAGAUGUUUCAUGCAAGACAAAUCGUGACAAAGUCGAUGCACUUUGUGGGUGAACAUCGGCAGGACAUAUCGAGACAAACAUGCCGCUUGGUCGAUCGAGCACCAGCGAUUAGAUAACGGCGACGAAAACUUUCGACUUGUAUAUCUCGUCGAGGAAGUUCAUGGACCAUAGAGACAGGAGACAAAAAAUUGCCCUUGGUCAAGAUUGUGACUCGAAGGAAAAAACAUGGCUAUCAGCCCACAGCCAGAUGCCAUGGGUAACCAGUCAAAUAUCCCAUGUCAGAGAGAUCAUGACGUUCUACGAGAUACAUCAGCCUACAUUUACAACAUAAAAAGUCAUCAAAUCACUAGCGAUAUAUGGCAUAUGCAUGUACGCUCAAUCAUUGCGGUCCCCUCCAUGUGGCCUUUUGAGCCAGGAAAGCACCGCACCCAAGAUUGCUCGCUUUCUUCUCCGUUUUCGUUCCUCAGGUCCCCGGCAGUCGUGAGCCCACGCCCGAAGACGUAACCUCGUACCAGGUACUCGUUUUGUGCAAGUGUGGAAGAACCCGAACGUGAUAUUUGCGUUGUUCAUGAAG